CGGGGCUGGAGCCGGGGUUCCGGCCGCGAGCGGAGGCAGCUCGGCCGGGGGACGGCGCGACCCGGCGGCGGGGCCACCGCGAGUGCAGCGCCGCCGCAGCCCCCGAUGCGGCCGCGAGAAGCAGCGGGGGGCCCGGCGAUCGAAGCCACUAGAAGCAUCAUCUCCCAGAAGACCAGUGUUCUUGUGAUCAUGGAGGCCUCUCUGUCUUUUCUGUGACUGGAGCAAUGCUGACCUCGGUUUCCUGGACCCAUUCUGACUCAGGAGCCUUCACGUAAAUGGGUCCAGUCAUGCCUCCCAGUAAGAAGCCAGAAAGCUCAGGAAUUAGUGUCUCCAGUGGGCUGAGUCAGUGCUACCGGGGCAGCGGUUUCUCCAAGGCCCUUCAGGAAGAGGAUGACCUCGACUUUUCUCUGCCUGACAUCAGAUUAGAAGAGGGGGCCAUGGAAGAUGAAGAGCUGACCAACCUGAACUGGCUGCACGAGAGCAAGAACUUGCUGAAGAGCUUUGGGGAGUCUGUCCUUAGGAGCGUCAGCCCCGUCCAGGACCUGGACGAUGACACCCCCCCGUCCCCCGCCCACUCUGACAUGCCCUACGAUGCCAGGCAGAACCCCAACUGCAAACCCCCCUAUUCCUUUAGCUGCCUCAUAUUUAUGGCCAUCGAAGACUCCCCAGCCAAGCGCCUGCCAGUCAAGGAUAUCUACAACUGGAUCUUGGAACAUUUUCCGUAUUUUGCAAACGCACCUACUGGGUGGAAAAACUCAGUGAGACAUAAUUUGUCCUUGAAUAAGUGUUUUAAGAAGGUGGACAAAGAGAGGAGUCAGAGUAUUGGGAAAGGGUCAUUGUGGUGCAUAGACCCAGAGUAUAGACAAAAUCUAAUUCAGGCUUUGAAAAAGACACCUUAUCACCCACACCCACACGUGUUCAGUACACCUCCCGCCUCUCCUCAGGCAUAUCAAAGCACAUCAGGUCCACCCAUCUGGCCGGGCAGUACCUUCUUCAAGAGAAAUGGAGCCCUCCUGCAAGAUCCUGACAUUGAUGCUGCCAGUGCCAUGAUGCUUUUGAAUACUCCCCCUGAGAUACAAGCAGGUUUUCCUCCAGGAGUGAUACAAAAUGGAGCGCGGGUUCUGAGCCGAGGGCUGUUUCCCGGAGUCCGGCCAUUGCCAAUCACUCCCAUUGGAAUGACGGCAGCCGUGAGGAACGGCCUCACCAGCUGCCGGAUGCGGACUGAGAGCGAGCCAUCGUGCGGCUCCCCGGUGGUCAGCGGAGACCCCAAGGAGGAUCACAACUAUAGCAGUGCCAAAUCCUCCACCGCCAGGAGCGCCUCCCCCGCCAGCGACUCAGUUUCUUCCUCCUCCGCCGACGACCACUACGAGUUUGCCCCCAAGGGGAGCCAGGAGGGCAGCGAGGGCAGCGAGGGGAGCUUCCAGAGCCACGAGAGCCACAGCGAGACGGAGGAGGACGACAGGAAACACAGCCCCAAGGAGGCCAAGGAUGCGCUGGGGGACAGCGGCUACGCAUCCCAGCACAAGAAGCGCCAGCACUUCGCCAAGGCAAGGAAGGUCCCCAGCGACACGCUGCCCCUCAAAAAGAGACGCACGGAGAAGCCCCCCGAGAGUGAUGAUGAGGAGAUGAAAGAGGCCGCCGGGUCGCUCCUGCACUUGGCAGGGAUCCGGUCCUGUUUGAAUAACAUCACCAAUCGGACGGCAAAGGGGCAGAAAGAGCAAAAGGAAACCACAAAAAAUUAAAAAACAAGUCACCGAUUUGUUUUGAACUUAUGGCCAUUUGGUUUCAGCAUGUCAGGAGAUUUCUAAUGAUUUGUGGCAAUAUCAGCAAUUUAUUCUUCUUUUUUUUUUGGUUUGAUUUUCUUUCUUUUCUUUCCUUUUUUUUUUUUAAUUUGCCCCCCUCCUUUGUUUUGGACCCUUAAGAAUUUUAUUUUUAAAGGAGAUUGAAGCCAUAGGACUCAUACUGACACUCAGCUGUUUUACAAAAGCUUUUCAUUAUCUGAAGAUGUAACCGAAAAAGCCAAAAUGACCAUUUCUUCCUCCGGCUUGUCAGAAACACGUGGCUGAGUCCGCAGGGAUGUCGACGAUAAUGCCUCGGGAUACACACCCAGCACCCAGAAGGCACGUGUGCAAAGUAACCAUCCAUCAGGCCCAACCCUUAGGUUUAAAAGGUCAGGAUGUCCACCCAGUUGGGUUCACUGAGUGAAUAUGCAUAAGGCAAUUGGCAAGAAGGGAGAACCCCUUGUCCUCGAUAGGAGCCGGCCCAAGGUUGUGGCCCCUGGCAUCCAACUGUGCCAGGAAAACCCUUGGCGUUGCCACGCAGCGUGCACAGGGGGGUGGUCUCCAGUCCUCUGUGCUUCUUAACCUGAAGCCUAGGAACAUCUUCCAAGGUGGACACUCAACCGUUCAUAUACACCAGGUGUCAGUGACUAAUGAGAAGAAACGGGGUCAAUUUUUAGUGAUGUUGCUAAUCAUUGAAUUCUGUUCUGUAUUAAAUUAAGAGAAUAAUCCACAAGCCAUAAGCCUGAAGGUUGGCCCUGCACGUGCGUGCGCGCACACACACACACACGAGAGAGAGAGAGUGAGAGAAAACUGUUACAGAAAACAAGCUAUGUCUUCUUCACUGCCCAAAUGAAAAUCAAGUUCAAGAAAUUGCAGUUAGCUGUUAAGGAAGGAAAUAAUGGUACACAUCUUUUUCUGUCUGUCAAAACUAUUUGAUCCAAGUGAAAACAAAAACAAAAUGCUACGGAACCUGCCAUUAGUAUUGCAGUGUAUUUUUAAAAGAUUAUUAAAGGCACAUUGAUGGACAAAAAAAAUUAAAACAUGGCAAAAAAAGAAAAAAAAAAUGUCAAACUCCUAUACUGCCCUCGACAUGGAGUUUGCAGUUAAUGUCAGUCAGGAUUCAUCUUUGCGAAAAUCAGUGAUUUCCACAUUCAGCCAGUGUAGCCAGCAGAAAUUUCUGAUCCACAAUGCAUGGAUUCCUUUGAAAAAAGAAAAAAAGAGAAAAAAAAUCACAAAAACACAAACUUUUUUUUAUUCAAAAAUAACAAAGUUCUUGUAAGGUAAAUAAUGUAUUUAGCAUGAAGCAUGAAUUAUUUUCAUAUAAAUAUAGAAACUAGAGAAAAGGCUAUGCCUCUAAUUUUUAAGCCCUUAGGCUUAGAGAUUCUUUUGGUUUUCUUUUUUCUUUUUUUCUUUCUUUAAUUUUUUUUUUUUUGGAUUUUUUUUCCGAUUAUUUUGUUUUGGUUUUUUGAAGCAGGUGUUUAAGGUUUAACCUUCUUCAGGGACAAAUUCUGACUGUUGGGGAACUUAUUCUGCAAUAUAAAAAUAUCUUCAUGUUCUGGUAGGGCCUGGAUGGUGGAGCUCUGUACUGCCUUGUCUGCACUUCAGCCCCCGACCCCCUCUGAUUCUCUGUUGAAAGUGUGUCCUUUCUCUCUGUCUGUACAUGUUUACCAUGACGCAAUAAUUUGAGGGCAAACAGUAGUGAGUGUGUAUGAUAGAAUCAGGAGAACUCUGGGAGGCUGACUUGAGAAAACCAUUACCGUCAUUUGGUUCUAGGAAAAAGGCAGUGACUAAUUAUGCAAAUUCACCAGGAGAAGGGGAAACACGCUAAUGGGCCUUAUUGGAUGAGGGUGUGAGUUAGGGUACACAUGAAGGAGGAAGUGACACAGGUGUUGGAAGGACCAGCCCCAGACUUUUUCCUGUGAUGGCACCUCACAGGAGGAAGGAGGGGCCGGCCAUCCCUACCACCUCAGCACAUGAACCAACCUGGAAGUGAGCCCACCUAGAUUGUGAGAGCUGAAUUUAGACAACCGGACGAUGUCACGCAGACCAGAAACUCCUGUUAUCUUUGCCUAAAAUAAAUUAUUUGGGGAGAUCCAAAGAGAAAUCUGUAAAAGAAUGUGAUCUUCCACCCAUGGAGGGGAAUUUUAAAACACAAACAAAAACACCUGCUCCCUUGGCUCAGGAUAUGAUGCUGAGGGAGAAGGAGGGAGUUGGGGUGAGGUUGAUUUUUAGAAGUGGGACAGUUUGGGCCAAUGUGAAACCCGUCUGCCAGCACCAAGGCACUGUGAGAACCUCCAUCGACCGGGACAGUGGAAAUUAACUGGUGCAUGUCCCAAGCUUAUCUUCCUCUGUGUUGCUGAUGAGAGAACUUUAAAAAAAAACCUACACCUGUACAACAGGUGGGAUUCAUUACCUGAACCUGAAUACUUCCAGCCUAUCUGUUCAGGGUCUAGAUGGGAAUAAUGUAUUUUUGAAGUAGUCUGUUCCCUCCGUCUCCCCAAACAUCUGACACCCCAAAAGCCAUCCACAGCUGUGGAACCUGAGCUACACUAUGCUUAGUGUCAGCUGACCAAGUCGAGAAGGCCCUCACCUCAGUUCCCCACUCUCACCCCACCCCCAAGAUGAGCUUCAGACUUCCCUCCUGAAAGGCAGAGGUAAACAUUCAGGACCGUUUCUGGCAGGGGACUUCUUCCAGUUAAAACCCCCACAGUGGGCUGUCUCCCCUCAUUUCCUUUUUCUAAAGGAGCAAAGGCCUCUUUUAGAAAAUAAUAAAAUGCAAUGUGUGUGAUUUACUUUUCUGAUCUCUUUGAGAAAUAGAUAAAUAUCUUAUAAAAGUGUGUUCUUAACUCCAGAACCACUCUUUUUGCAUAAAUACCUCAUCGGGCAGCUUUCUAAGUGUUAUUUUCCUGAGUCUCCCUCAGCACCUUUUAGGAGCCACUGGGAGUCUCAUAGGGGAAACUUUAGUGAGGGUACUUUUUUCUAUUUUUCUUCUGUUUUUGGAGGCAUACACAUUAUGCAUAACCAAAACAAUGGCUCAAUUGUGUUUAACUUUGUAUCUUGAUUGUUGAGAAAAAAAAAAAAGUAUCAAUGUGUAUGUGGCCAUUUGUAGUGAAUUCAUUGCGGAAUGAGGCUGUCCAUGUCUUUACCAAGCCAAGGGGCUGGAGGUACCCUCUUACUCCCUCCUCCAAGAGCAGUAGAGAAUUUAAGCACAAGCCUAUUUGUGAAAGAAUAUUUUGCUCAAGUGUAAUUCACUUUAGUCUUGGAAUUCCUUCCCAAACGUCAGGUGUUUCUUUUAGCUUCCAAACUAGCCUGUGUAUUCAUUAGUCUGACGGAUCGCCUGAGCACCAUUCAAGGGGUGUGGUAUUUUUGCUUUCAUUUCUCCUGCUAGGAGAAGUGGCAUUUCAUGUGUCAUUCCAAUAUCUCACAUACUCACAUGGGGCAGGGGGGAGGGGAAACGGGGAACUAUAGCAAUAUUUAAAGAUGCUUUGGAAAACAACCGUGAACACAUCAACGCCAUAACAUCUACCAUUACUUGCUGUUGGCCCUUGGACACAUUUAAGAGAAAGAGACGGUAGCUCUUUUUUCUUAAAUGAUAAACACAUAGACAGUUAUUUUUAUGCUACUAUAAUUGUCUUAUCUUUAUCUAGUACUGCGUGGAAAGGGUUUGCAUCAUAGAUUUUUCCCAGCCUUAUAAUAUACCAUAAGCUCCUACUUCCCUUCCCUCUCUCUAAUCAGUAUACUUUCAAGAGUUCUUUGGUAAAGCUCUCUCUGAAACGAAAAUGAAACAAACCCACAUUUAGAUGGUGGUAUGAGAAAACCAUUGCCGUGACAACGGUGGCAGGUUUCAGUCUUGGGGCUGAGUUUUUAAGAAAGAAUGUGUCAGAGGCCUUUCCCCAGAACUGAUUUUUCUUGUAGAAGCAUUUAGGGUGUCUGGCCUUUGCUGGGCAUAGCGGUUACCAUCACGGGGCAUUCCGGAGGAAGCCAUUGCACUGAAUGGCUUUGUGUCUGACGGACAGCUUCAGGCUGUGGGCUCUCUUAGAUCAAAAACCGUGCAGAUGGCUUUUGUGCCCAGUUCAGUCUUGGGACACCAGGACUGCUCAGCGCCACGUGCCACCGAUCACGUUUCAAAUACCCCACACCGCGUGUGUGGGCCCUUAGCUUCUCAUUGAAGGGCUCUCAGAGAAGGAAUCAGAGUUACGUACAGGUGACCCCCAUGGGAGGCUUUCCAUAUGGGAUUGGAUUAAAUUCAAUGUGACUUCUCUUUCCCUUUAAACUUGAUUCAGGUUGGGACUCAUUUCUUUCUGGUGGAUCACAGCUGCCCAGAUGUUGCAAUUUAUUUUUAUGUUUCUGUAGAGAAGUAUUUUUCUUUCAUCUUCAGGAUUUUUGCCACCAAAAGAACACAUUUGAACUCUGUGUCCCCUCUUGAUUGUGACUUACCAGUGUUGACAGUUAAAUCCUUAGUGUCGUAGGUCCCAGCCCUCCAAUACUAUAUCAAACACUGUUAUGCACAUAAUGCAGCACUGUGAUCUAAUUUAAAUAAUACUUUUUUAUUAUUUAUACUACUAUAUAUAAUAUACAUCAACACUUUUGCUAUAUAACCUAAGUGAUAACCCUCUUUUAGUUACCUGCCAAACUCGGGACUUUGGUUUAUAUUGCAGUUAACACAGUUACAAACUUGUAAUGGUGUCUUUUUCUUUGUAACGGAAUGUGUAAAUCAAAGUAUAUACUUUGUGUGGUGUUCCUGUUUCUGGAGUUUCAUGAGGAUUUACACACGGCAUUCAGUGUUCUGUAUAGACCCGCCUACCUUUGUGAAUCAUCUGUUGACCCCUUCUUCCUUUGAGAGAGCACCAGCCGUGGUGGUUCACUCCUUGUUUUUUCUCUCUCCUACUGGUUAUCCUUGAAUUAAGCACAGACUCAUCAGCUCGGUUGCUUUAUCAUGAAUAAUGCGUGUGACCUUGCGAUUCUUCCACAGUUCAGCAAACAAGUGCUAGCUUCACUGACCAAAAAUUAAGGAAGGAAAAUAUGAUUUUUUUAAAACGAUCCAUCUUUUAACGGCCGAAACCGAUGUGUCUAUGGUGCUGUAUCUUGCUGUCUGUCGUACUUUGAAAAUCAGACCUAGGUGAAAGAUCACUUCUGGCUUACUGUGAUACGUUCACAAGUACCCUUCCUGUUCGUUUUGUUAGUGUUGAAAUCAAGACUAUUUAUUUGGGAUAUAUACAACAGUGUUUUCCGCUGUAUUUCAUUUGCAAAAGUUGAGAACAGCCUUCCCUACCUUUUGCAAAUAAUUGAUAUUCCAUAUUGGAUUCUCAAAGACUUCGAUAUGGUGAACUUAUCAAACCUAGAAAUUGUAUUUCAUCCUUUCAUGACUGUGGCCUGAGUUCCUCAACCCCUCCCCCCCUUUUUAGGUGAAACUUAGCACAAUUUCAGUUAUUUAAACAUUAAGCAUUUCUUGAGUAUGUGUGUUGAGGCCAUCAAAGCUCAUAGCUGAUUCAGUAACCAGUUUCAUGCUGUGUCAUUCACACUCACUACUUACACUGCCAUGGUGAAAAUGUGGAGGAAAAAAGUAUCCGUGUGUGUCUGGGAAGCAUUAUACACUUGUACAUUUUUUUAUACUCUGAUUCUGUAACAUUUCUGAGUUCUGUUUCUGUUUUACAGAAAAAAAAAAGUGAUAAAGCAAUCAGAAGAUCAAGAGGUUUACUAUCGAUGCUUGGGGUCAUCUGACCUUUGCUGGCCAAUAUAUCUACAUGGCCAAAUUAAUUCACUAGAGUAAUAAUUUUUCAAAAGCCAAUUUUUUUUCUGUAUUUUCUGUAUGAAACUGCCAAUAUCAUGAAUAGAAAGGGAGAACCAUAAAGGAGAAAGAAAGUGACGUGCAGUUGCGUUUGUGUUACCUAGAGGAGCAGUGUGGAGGCAGGCGCGAUCAGCCCAGCUGUAGGGACCUGAUGGUGUUGCUUUGGAGGGAUCCAUACUUGCAUUUUGCAUUCUUCAUAUGUAAUCAUAUUGCCAAAGACAAAACUAUUUCAUCAUUUAUUGUAAAUAACACUUUCCCCCAGACCUACCAUAACGUUUCUGUGAUGUAUUGUCUUCCAGUUGCAAUAAAAAUUACUGAGUUGCAUCAAUUGAAGAAAAA